CUUUCUUUUUAAUUGAUUCUUUUGUAUGUUGCCGUUUAUUUUGAUCUGUUUAGCUAUGUUUUUUAAAUCUGUUCAUUCAGAACAACAACAUACACUUCAGUCAAGCACGGUUCUAGACAUCCUGAGUCAGUUUCCAGAAGCGUCUAUUUUUGCCUCUCAGUUACAAAAACUCGACACGAUACCUGUCAAUAUCACCUUGUUAGUGCCAACAAACAAAGCAUUCAAUCAAUCAACACUUGAUCAUGAUAGAUUAAAAUACCACGUAUUGCCUUCUUUUUAUCCUCAGCCAUGGACGAGCCAAGUGGUACCUACAUUACUUGAUCAGUCACUGGUUAAAUUAGAGAACAAUACAGUUGAAUCUGGCCUUUUACAUACAUCUGCUGUCUUGAAAUCAUUUCAGUCACAACAUAUUGCUGUCUACCUGAUUGAUCAGGUACUUACUAUACCAUUGGAUAUGCGGACAACGCUUGCCCAACUCGGCUAUACUAAAGCAAGUGAAAUGUUAUUACAAUCUACAUUGAACGACAAAAUGACACCGUUAACUCUCUUUGUACCAAGUAAUCAAGCUUUUGGCACUGUCAAUCCAGUUACAUUGGGUCAAGAUAUGAACAUGUUGUGGCUGCAAACACAUACAGCCCGAGGUUUUGUUCCAAGUCAACAAUGGUCUCAUGGUUUACAACUCCCAACUUUACUUGAAAACAACACGCUUGCAUUGACAUUGAAAGAUGAUAUAUGGCAAGUUUCCACUGACAGCUCAGUUUAUUCCGCUGCAAAUGUAGUAAGAAAAGAUGUCAUUUCGGUAAAUGGAAUGAUGCACUUUAUCGAUCAAGUGCUUUGGGCCUAUCACUGGGACCGUAGCACAAAAUCAAAUAGUAAUGCUUCACAACACAAAUUAGUUCGGUCAACAAAUAUUUUUGCAGCCAUGUUGGUAGGAUUGAUUGGCUGUGUGUAACUCUGGUUUCAUUGUUCAUAUGUAAAAAAAAAACAGGAGGGCACCUUGAAAUUUUGUAUAUAAAAUAAACGAUGGCUCGU